UGUUGUAUUGUAUAAUAACAUCUAUAAGGAUCUUAAAAGUAGUCCCAAAAUGAAAUAUCAAUUUGUUGUAUUGGCCUGCUUGUUUGCUGUGGUUUUAACCGCUCCCCAACAGGAUGAUACUCAAGCCGAAACUUUACGGUUGGAAUCUGAAAAUAAUGGUGUUGAUAAAUACAAUUUUGCUUAUGAAACCAGCAAUGGUAUUACCCGCUCUGAGGAGGGAGAACUGAAGACCACUGAGGAAGGCGCCGCCAUUGUUGUUCAUGGCUCUACUUCCUGGACCGCUCCAGAUGGCAAGAAAUAUGAAAUGACAUUCACUGCCGAUGAAUUGGGUUAUCAUCCCACUUUCACACUAGUCGCCUAAAUAUUAAGUUACAUUUUUAUUCUGGCAUCAAUUUCUUGCCCCCUUGUGUUCAUUUUGUAAAUACAUACUUAUGUAGUAAAUUUUGUGUAAAUAUUUUAUUCUUUGUUAAAUUUUAAUUUUUUAAUAUUCACUUCAAGUUAAAUAAAUAAAUGUUUUAAAUAGUAAAAAAAAUAAAA